GCUGAAUCCGUCGAACCAAUCACUUAGCAAAAAGCACAUCCCUGCACCGUGGUCCCACGCGAAGACGUACAUUUUCUUCGGAGGUCAUCCAUUUCUAACAGAUUUGCGUAACCAAGACCUAAUGCUGGGCAAGCACCUCAAGCAUGGCUUUGUGGGCUGCUUUCAACACAUUCGCAUAAACGGGAAGUUUGUAGAUCCAAGGCGCAGGCCAUACGUUGGCGACGCUGUUGAUGGCUUUGGAUUGAGUGACUGUGCAUCCGAGUUAUGCAACGGAGUAGACUGUGGGUCAAACGGGACGUGUGCUAUCGUAUCGGGAUCUGAGUACGAAUGUCGUUGCCCUCUUGGCACUGGCGGAUCCAACUGUCGAACUGCAAACGAAGUGCACCUACCUCAGUAUAACGGUCGGUCCUACACCGAAUAUACGGGACUUCGGGGUACAUCGCAUUCGAAGACAACCUUAACUUUGUCAUUCAAACCCACGGCACCUACUGGCCUGCUGCUUUAUCAAGGUUUCGGUGAAGAUAGGCGCGGUGACUUCGUUGCAGUUCUCCUUAUGCACAGUUUUCUGGAAGUUAUUUUCGAUCUUGGUUCCGGUCCAGCCUUUCUAAGAAAUCCGUCGCCAGUUGCGAUGGGCACGUGGCACAAACUUCAUCUAUGGCUCAUCGGACGUCAAGGCUUCCUCAUAUUGGACGGGACAAAACAACCAGAGACCACAUUUUCAGUUGGCCCCCUAGUUCAACUAACACUGAGCCAUCAUCUAUUCUUGGGAUUCCAUCCGGAUGUGGAUAAAGUCUCGGUUUAUCUUCUCGAACACUUCAAUCAAUUUGCCAUAUCUCAAUUAAUCGGUUUUAGAGGAUGCCUUCAAGAACUCCUCAUUAAUGGAUAUCCGGUGCGCCUAAUUGGGGACGCAAUCAGUGGUAUCAACGUGGUGAACUGUGCCAGCCAUCCUUGUUCUGAACUGUCGAGUGCGUGUGGUGAAUUCGGUGAAUGUCAGCCAGAUGGAGACGACUUCACAUGUUCCUGCCUUUUGGGUCAUACCGGAAGACGCUGUCAGAUGAGCUACAACCCGGGACUAAUGAGUCGAAUCUCCUUUACGAGCAGCGCCUUUCUGGAAUUUUCCUCGCCCAAGUUAAUGCAAACGUUCGCUUCGCCACAUUUUGAUUUAUUAAUGGACAUAAAACCGGAUGACAGCAAAGGAUCCACGGGUGUGGAACAAAUUCUCUUGGCUCUGAUAACUGGAUCGCCAUCGGAGGGAUACGCAUUGGUCGUUUAUAUGACAACUCAACGAUAUCUAAGACAAUCAUGGAUUCAUUACUCUAAAUUCACUGGACGCAAAGUAUUCCAUCAUGUGAAAUCAUCCGACGGAAAUAUUUCUAUUGGAAACUUGGAUGCAGGCAUGAAAAACGUGGAGGAAAUAAGAUUAGCCACACAUGUUUGGCACAGAAUUCGGUUGCUCAGGCGAAGUUAUAGUCUAGUUAUUUAUUUGAACGGGUCGCACAUUGAAACUCAGGACUUGUACAUCGACAAGUUGCCCACGCUACACUUCACAAAACUAUUUGUAGGUGGAGUCGAUGCAACCGUAAAUCUAUCUCCGCAUAUCAAUGAGUCGCUGGAGUCAGACAAGAUUGGAUCUGUUGUCCUCCGCUUGAUGCCAAGUGUCUCUGGAUUCACCGGGUGUGUGGAAAAGCUGCGAAUCAACGGAAUGUCAAUAAAUGCCGCGGAUUCCACCAGGGGUAGAAAUAUCGGCACUUGCUAG